AUGCAAAUAUAUCUCGAGGGACAAGCUCCAAUCCCAAAUAUGGGGAUGAUCUUACAGAUUAAGGUUCCAAUGCGAAAACCAUGUUGCUGUGCAGGCUCUCGACUUCAAUUGGUUGGUAUUUGUGAAAGUAUGAACCCUCAAUCUUCCAACCUUUUCAUGCGAUUGGCAAAUGGGUUUGUGAACGGUGAAUCGAUUAUAGUCUCUCGAGUCCCGACGGUGAAUUUGGCGACAAAUGAAGGAAUAGUCGCAGGUUCGGUGACACAAAGGCAGGAAGCCGUCACUUGGCGAGUUAUAUGGGAGUACGAGUGA